UCAGUUUCUCUUUCUAACAUCACCGACUAAAGCAGUACAGAGUCCAGGGCGGCCCCGUUAAGUCAAUAAGUGGGAGGCAGUGCGACUAAACUGAAGAGCAAUAUGGACGAGGAAGCUUUGUAUCCUACCUACAGAAAUGAUGUGGGCAAUGAUGACAAUUGUAGCGAUUGGAUAAACAACAGAAGAAAUCCCGUUUAUCACAAGCAUACGGAAGAAGGUGUAGGUUAUAGUUUUCAGGUGAACAAUGGUGCAAGGGAUGUCGUGGAAGACGCUACAAAGCCUGUAGCAAAUAAAGGUCAGUUUGGUUAUCAAGAACCCAGUGUGCCGAAAAUGAUCAUUCGCAAAACAAAUGAGGAGGAAAUUCAAUUGCUUGAUUACCAGCCAUGUAAUAAAGCAGUUGGAGGGGCUGCGCGCCAGGAUUCAGAAGGGUACAUUGUGACCAGGAGACCAGGUUGUAAUGAAUUUGCAGUUUCCACUGAACACCUGCGAGAAAUAGUGUACAGAAAAGCAAGGCAGAUUGUAGAUGUAAACCAACUCUCACCUCUACCUGGACAAAAACAUGAAAUGGGAAAUGAUGACAAAUGGGCUGUUGAAGACGUCAGAAAACAAGACUGGCAGCAUUUCAUGCCACAGAAACUGGAAGUGAGGUUCACUGACUACCAUCCCUGGGGAAAACCAGGAGGGGGUGCCCGGGUACUAGCCAGAAAUGGCAAGCUUUUGCAUCCUGCUGGGAGUCUCAAUAGCAGCAGCAACAAAGAAUAUAAUAUUUGGGGCCCAAUCACUGAGACUGGGCAGAAGGAAAGAGAGGCAAGGAGUGCAAUACCCAAGGAAAAACAGACGAUAACAUCCGAUGCUAAUGAACAGUGCUUGAAAAACCAACAGGAAAGAAGGCAAUCGCCAGACUAUUAUGCUGAUCUUGCCCAGCAAGCAAAAUACAGGAAACAGCAGAUUGAAGAAAACAAAACGAGAGCCUUAGCUGCAGAACGCAUGCAUAAUGACACAAUGCAAUUCUGCACAUGGAGUAGACCAGGACACGGAGUACCAACUUCCCAAAGAAAACAGUCUUUGACCUCAGCUGACAUUCUGCCGCAAGAACAGUUCAGAAGACCGGGGUUUUCUGGGGUUCCAUUUGUAGCGUACGGUCGUUAAGAACUGAAGACUAUCGCAGCGCUUCAGAAUGGAUUCACAUCCAUCCCUUCAUUUGCACUCAAUAAAGAGUGAAAGUUAUUAAAGACUUUGUGAAAAUAUUUUCUACAUACAUAUAGAGUAGACUUGCUAAUGAAAACAAAUUUG